GACUAGCACUGCAUCGCGCGGCUGCACUGCUCAUUUAACAGGGUACAAGAAAAAAGAGAAGAAUACGGGCGAGCUGUGAUGGGGCGCAGUAUGGUUUGAGUGGAGAGUGGGACUUUGGCCCACUACCUGACGCUCAGAGGUAGGCUGUGAGUGACUCCCCUACCUGACGAUAUCCGUGCAGCGAUGCCCCCCCCAUCGGACAUUGUGAAGGUGGCUAUCGAGUGGCCAGGAGCCAACGCUCAGCUCACUGAGAUCGACCAGAAAAAGCCCCUCUCCUCGAUCAUCAGGGAGGUCUGCGAUGGUUGGUCCCUGUCAGGUUCGGAGCAGUUUGCCCUGCGCUAUGCUGACGGCCCGCAAUUGUAUAUCACAGAGCUGAGUCGCAGCGAGAUCAAGAAUGGAACCAUCCUACGCUUGGCAAUAUCUCCUGGCCGUGCUGCCCGCCAGCUCCUCGAGAGGAUACAGUCCCAUGGGAUCGAUGCCCGCUUGGAGGCUCUGAAGGAACUGGCCAAGCUGUCGGCUGACAUCACCUUCGCCACCGAAUUCAUCAACAUGGAGGGCAUCACUGUGCUGGCAAGACUGGUGGAGAGUGGCACCAAUUUCGGGGAGAUGCUGGCCUUCACUCUGACUGCUUUCCUGGAGCUGAUGGACCACGGGAUUGUGUCCUGGGAGCUGCUGUCUGUGCCCUUCAUCAAACAGAUCGCUGGCUAUGUGAACCAGCCCAUGGUGGAUGUGUCGAUCCUGCAGCGCUCGCUGGCUAUCCUGGAGAGCAUGGUGCUGAACAGUCAGAGCCUGUACCAGAGAGUAGCGCACGAGAUCACGGUCGGCCAGCUCAUCGGACACCUCCAAGUCUCAAACCAGGAGAUUCAGACCUACGCCAUCGCACUCAUCAACGCACUCUUCCUCAAAGCACCAGAGGACAGGAGACAGGAGGAGCACACUAAUCCUCUAGACCUGCCGCUGACUGAAAUGGCCAGCACUCUUGUGCAGAAACAUCUGAGGUCCAUCAUAUUGAAUCACAUCAUCCGUGGGAAUCGUCCAAUCAAGGCGGAGAUGGCACACCAGCUGUAUGUGCUGCAGGUGCUGACCUUUAACCUUCUGGAGGAGCGCAUGAUGACCAAGAUGGACCCCAGUGACCAGACUCAGAGAGACAUCAUCUUCGAGCUGCGCAGGGUAGUCUUCGACGCAGAGUCUGACCCCAACAGCAGCAGUGCAGAGAAGCGCAAGACCAUGUACACAAAGGACUACAAGAUGCUGGGCUUCACUAAUCAUGUGAACCCUGCUAUGGAUUUCACCCAGACUCCCCCAGGCAUGCUGGCCCUGGACAACAUGCUGUACCUGGCCAAGGGACACCAGGACACCUACAUCCGGAUCGUGCUGGAGAACAGCAGCCGCGAAGAUAAACACGAGUGUCCGUUUGGGCGCUGCGCCAUCGAGCUGACAAGAAUGCUGUGCGAGAUCCUGCAAGUCGGCGAGCUGCCUAACGAGGGCUGCAAUGACUAUCACCCCAUGUUCUUCACUCACGAUCGCGCCUGGGAGGAGUUCUUCUGUGUCUGCAUCCAGCUGCUCAACAAAACCUGGAAAGAGAUGAGAGCCACAGCCGAGGACUUCAACAAGGUGAUGCAGGUGGUGCGGGAGCAGAUCACUCGUGCUCUGGGGAUGAAGCCCAACUCUCUGGACCAGUUCAAGGUUAAACUGCGCGGGCUGAGCUACUCUGAGGUCCUGAGACUGAGGCAGUCAGAGAGAAUGAGCCAGGAUGACUUCCAGUCUCCUCCCAUCAUUGAGCUGCGGGAACGCAUCCAGCCCGAGAUCCUAGAGCUGAUCAAACAGCAGCGUUUCAACCGGCUGUGCGAGGGGAGCUGCUUCCGCAAGAUCGGGAACCGCCGACGGCAAGAGAAGUUCUGGUUCUGCCGCCUCUCUCUGAACCACAAGGUCCUUCACUAUGGAGAUCUGGAGGAGCCGCCACAGGGGGAGGUGCCCUUUGAGUCCUUGACUGACAAGAUCCCAGUGGCUGAUAUCAAGUCUGUGGUGACUGGGAAGGACUGUCCUCACAUGAAAGAGAAGAGCGCCCUCAAGCAGAACAAGGAGGUGCUGGAGCUCGCCUUUUCAAUCCUUCAUGAUCCUGACGAGGCCCUGAACUUCGUGGCACCAAACAAAUAUGAGUACUGUAUCUGGACAGACGGCCUGUGCGCUCUGAUUGGACGGGAGAUGGGCAGUGAGUUGACCCGCAGUGACCUGGACACGCUGCUCAGCAUGGAGAUGAAACUCCGCCUCCUCGACCUGGAGAACAUCCAGAUUCCAGAGGCCCCGCCCCCCAUCCCCAAAGAGCCCAGCAGCUACAACUUUGUCUACCACUACGGCUGAGAGAGAGAGAGAGAGAGAGAGAGAGAGAGAGAGUGCCCCCUAGGGCUGAGGAGGGGGCAGACAGGGCUCACGCUGGAAAGGGCACACUCUUGUGGUGGGAACACCUUUUAACAGGCUCAGUUUGAAAAGGGAAACUCUCUAUUAAGGUCUCUUAAUAAAAGGUGUUCUCAAAAUUAGACUUCUGGGGUGCAAGGGAAGAUUGGGUGGACCCUUUUUAGGACCCACUUUGAGGGAAUUUUAGCUCACUUGCCAGGGUCCCAUUUUUUAAUGAAAAAAAAAAAAGUAAACCCUUUUUUUUUUUCUUCCAAAGUACAAUUUUUCAACUGGUCCUGUUGUGUGCAGAUCUCUCUUGCCCUGUUGUCAUGGAGACAGCAAGCUGGCCUCCCCUGUGCCUGGUACUGUACGUUGUGUGUAUUUAGAUUUGGGUUGUAAUGUUUUUCAGGAGGUGAUGUUCCGUUUCUCAUAAAAACUCAAGCAUAGAUUCUAAGGUAAAGCUUCAAGACUAGCUGAGCUAUGAAGGCACUAACCCAGCCUACUUGGGAUAUCAGAUUGACAUGUUUACUGUAAUAAUGGGAUUUAUCUGAAGAAAUCAAUUUUACAAACACCCUGAUUACUUUACAGUAAUUACUAGAACUAUGAUUUUGCUUUCAAAUUAAAUGACUUAGACCUUCAUUCCUAAUAAUCUUUUAUUAAGAUGAACUGCCAUUCAUUGCAAGUGCUUUUUUAAAAAAAAUUACAUAAUGAAGAUAACUUCUUAAAAGAUGUUGUUUAUAACCUCCAGCUGCUGCAGGUAGUACCAGCCGUGUGCCUGUCUGACUCGACGAGAAGAUUUGGGGUGGAUGUUUCUGUGCCUAGACACAAAAUUCCCUUUGGGGAAUGUAAACAAACUGGAUUGUAAAGUGUAAUAAAAUAAGGCGGCUGAACUAUGGAUAAAAAAAGUAGCCAUCACUGUUGUAUUUUACUGUAUGACUGGAAAUGUGCAGUUUGAAGUGUAAAAUUAGCUCGGUUUAAUGAAGGAGCAACACAACUGACAGAGCACAGAGAUCAGGUUGGCAGGACAGGACCAGUUGGCACCCCCUAUUGCACAAGCGGUGAACUUGCAUUGACAAACAAAUACUUGGUGAAUUUCUUGGAUCCAAAUUGAAAUGCAGUAUUAAUUUCUUUCUUCUGUGUUUAGUUGCUGUUAUAAGCUGGUACGACUGCUCCAGAUUAGCCUUGGUGUUGCUUGAAUGUAGCUUGACUGCUAUUGUAUACAAUCACCUGGAGCUGCCGUGCACAACAAUUAUGCUAUUUCAAAGAGGUAUAAGAGGUCUGAACAGCAGAAUACAAAACCCUGUUCCUAUUUCUUAUACCAGCCAGACGAUUAGUAACGCUAACUGUGUAUGUGUAUUGUUCAAACCUGAUUGAAAGGAGUGCUGAGGUUUUUAAAUCUAUUUUCGUCCUACUUCUUAUCACUGGCAGCAUUACCCCGUACUGGUGAUCUCCGAGUACUGCUUUGUUUUACUGUAAUGCUGGUUAAAUACAACACAAUAGAGUCAAAAGUUGCUGUUGCUCCCGGUUACCCAAGGACUUCCUGUUCUGUAGGUCAGGUUUACUGUAAUUGUCAGCACAGGAUGUUAUUAGUUACAAUACCGCAAUGUGUUUUAAAACAUACACAAUCAUGUAGUGUAAGGAGGAUAAAGACUUCUGUCCAAUUGAAUUGACAUGCAAGAUCCCACUGUGCUUAAAAAUAACCAUAGAAGUCUCAUUGACAAUAUGUGUCCUUAACCUGUAAACUAUAGGUCCUGACCAAAUACAAUACAAAAAAUACCUGCCAUCUGUAGCACACACUUUAAAUGGGCAGUGACAAGCAGAUGCCACCCAAGACAUACUCUAAUGCAAAGCUGGCCUCCUGCUAUCUAGCCAAUGCCGAGUGCUGGCACAUAACAAGCCAGUGAGGGGCUGUGCAAUAGCCUGGGGGGGGGGUUUCAUUUUAAACUCUUUAUUGACUUUUAAAAA